CGAUUACGUAUAUUUUUGGACUGCAAAUCAAGCAAAUUAACCGUAGUGAUUCCUAUCAAAAUAAAAUGCAUGUAAUUUACUAUAAGGCGAGGACCUCGCUCCUUUGUACCAUGUUCUAUCAAAAAAAAAAAAAAAGAACAUUACAUUUCGAUUCCAAUAAAGUGGAUGACCCAUUAAAAUUUAAUUAUGGGCAUUUAUGAAUGAAGGCUAAUGCACGGAUUUUAUUUUGAAAGUCAAAAGAAGUACCGGAACCCGGACGUAUGUUACUGACGUACAUGCGACUAUAGUUGUUGAAACUUUCGACACAAUUAAAUUAGUUUAGUAAGUUACUGUCAGCCACUUCGACGGUUCCUUUCUCUAACAUGCUAUUGUCAUGUUUAAGUAGAAAUUACACCUAAAUUAGGGCACUUAGUUUGCUAUGUUGAAGUGUAAAGGGUGAAGACAACGCGGGAGUCUAAAGUCUUAUAUUCCUGGAUCCCUCCAUGGUCGCCAUGACUGUUCGAUCCCUGUCAAUCAAAGCAUUGUUCCUCCUAUGGAUCUCACACACCAGCAGACGUUUUGCAUCGUCUGCCGAGCUGCAAGAGCAACCUAAAACAAUUGCUGUGAUCGGAGCAGGCAUCGGCGGCGCGGCUUCAGCCUUCUACCUGAGGCAAGAGUUUGGACCGGGAGUCAAGAUCGAUGUGUUCGAACCUGCCGAAGUCGGCGGGCGACUGGCAACGGUGAAGAUCGGGAAUCAGGAGUACGAGACGGGAGGAGCUGUAAUCCAUCCUCUCAAUCUCCACAUGAAGCAAUUCAUUGACACCCUAGGUCUCUCCACGUGUCAGGACGUCCCAUCAAAAAUGGCGAUCUUCGACGGCAGCGAGCUGACGUUCGAAGAGAGCGACUGGUUCAUCGUGAAUUUCUUGCGCAUGCUGUGGCAUUACGGCCUCAACUACCUGCGCAUGCAGAUGUGGGUGGAGAGUGUUUUGGAUAAAUUCAUGAGGAUCUACCAGUACCAGCAGUACGGCUACUCCUUCGCCAGCGUGGAGAGGCUCCUGCACGCCAUGGGUGGAGAUGACUUCCUCACCCUGGUCAAUCAGACCCUGGAGGAAGCCUUGAUGGCCCAAGGCUUUUCUCAGAUCUUCAUCAAUGACAUCGUGGCUCCCAUUACGCGGGUCACCUACGGCCAAAGUGUCCGAAUUAACAGUUUUGUGGGGGCUGUGUCACUGGCCGGGGCCGAUUCGGGCGUUUGGUCCGUGGAUGGAGGCAACAAGAAGGUUUGCUCCGGACUUCUUUACCACAGCAAGAGCGAACUCAUCCGAGCCAGAGUGGUGUCCGUUUCAUUUAAAGCUCGCCCAUCAAAGACAGGCCCGUCCACCAGCUUCUAUGAGGUCAAUUACGUUGACGACACCGGCGCAGGGCACUCGCUCUACGAUAUCGUCGUCAUAGCGACACCACUUCACCAGGGCAAGUCUGACAUCUCCUUCUCAGGCUUCUCCCCGCCCGUCCCGUCUCAGUUCCCGGGGAGCUACCACCAGGUGUUCGCCACGCUGAUCCACGGCGUGCUCAACACUUCUUACCUCGGGGUAACGCGCCCCGCCUCGGAGUUCUCCGUGUCCGACGUGCUCACCACGGACUCUGACGGCAGCAACGUGUACUCUCUGUCGUCCGCGGCCCCCGUGCACGUCCCCACGGGAUACAGCCGACCCCCCGCCAGCGACAGCCAAGUGUGGAAAGUCUUGUCUCCUCGGGCGCUGAGCCAGGAGGAGCUGCGGCGUAUGUUCCUCUCCUGGGACUCCGUGUCAGAGACCCGCUGGUUGGCCUUCCCAGCUUACCGCACUCCGACACGUCGCACGCCGCCCUUCAUCCUUCACAGCCGGCUGUACUACCUCAACGCUGUGGAAUGGGCGGCCAGCGCCGUGGAAAUGAGCGCCAUCUCUGCCAGGAACGUGGCCCUUUUGGCGCACCACCGCUGGCACGGUCAGACGGACAGGAUCGACCAGGAAGACCUCCACAUGCGUCUACGCGGGGAGCUGUGAUGCACCCGGACAGACCCGCUGCACUGAUGCUGCUGCGCUUCUGUUUUUUUAAGAUGGCUGCUCAAAAGCAGGAAGCACCAACAUGCCCACACAAUGCAGACAAGGUAGGUACACUAGACAAAAGUCUUGGGACACUUCAGACUAAAAGUAGACAAAAGUAUUGGGACACUUAGGACUAGCACCUGCCAAAUACGCGGGCCCGACCAAUGCUGCUUGCAGCUUUAAUUGUUAUUAAACAUGAUGAUCAUGUCCUACCUCCUGCACCACACUGGUGUUUUUAGGCAUGCAAAAAAAAGGGGAAAUUUUGUGUUUUCUUUAGCUUAGGAGAUAAAUAAAACACCACCUGUGACAGGAGUGUCAAAGGUACGGCCCGCCAAGAGGUUUCCUCCGGUCCACGAGAUGAGUUUGCUAAGUAUUAAAAUUAGCAAAAAUGUUUGAAUGAACGAAACUGCUGUUUCUAAAUGUGUCCACUGGAUGUCGCCAGAGCAAUUCUUUGUGUCUCCUACAACAGUGUUUUUCAACCUUUUUUGAGCCAAUGCACAUUUUUUGUGUUGACAAAAUGCGGAGGCACGCCACCAGCAGAAAUCAUUAAAAAACGAAACUCAGUUGACAGUAAAAAGUCGUUGUCGCAAUUGUUGGGUAUGACUUCAUAACCGAGCAUGCAUCAAUAUAGCUCUUGUCUCAAAGUAGGUGUACUGUCACCACCUGUCACAUCACACCCUGACUUAUUUGGACUUUUUUGCUGUUUUCCUGUGUUUAGUGUUUUAGUUCUUGUCUUGCGCUCCUAUUUUGGUG